CGCGUUUUAAACUUCCUGAUUGUGCACUUCAUUUGUAGGAUCAUUUGUCAUAGUUUAUGAACAAAAGUAUAUGCAGUCAUGUUGAAUCAAAACUUACAGUUGAUACUGGUUGUGUAUUGGAUAACAAACUUAGCUAUGGGUGUAACGUUGUCAGGGAACGGUACAUCCGGAGGUUUCACAGUCCAGGAGAACUCAUCCCUGCAGCUGACGUGCUCUACGUCUACCGAUGUGAACUAUGUUUCGUAUAAUGUAAGGCUAUUGUCAUUAACUAAAAUAAUAACCGCGGUAGGGUUCGGCCCAUUAGGCUGUGCCACCGACCCCGCACCGCCAUCCUACCUUAGCUGUUCCUGUGUUAGUCGAAGGGAGUACGUCUGUGUAAUCCGGACCGUCACCAGAAACAUGAACGGGGACGUUUGGUUCUGUUUACCUCCAGCAGGUGAUUCAAACGACAACAGUGGUGACAAAACAAUCGUCGUUACAAUCGGCAUAACUGCGGUGUCUAUGGAUUUCCCGGCGGUCCGUUCCCUCUCUGUCAUAGACAACACGGCAAGGCAAUUCCGGUGUGCGACAUCUGUCGGAAACCCCCAGGCCAUCGUCGAGUGGUACAAGGAUAACGGUACACCGAACAGAGCGGAUGACACGGAAAUUACUACCGGGAAGGAAACAUACCCCAUCCCAAGUGGUUCUCUGAUUGUGACUAUCGGUAAACUGACGUUGACUGUGCAGAGAAACGAUCAUGAGGUGGGCGUUUACUGCAGGGCGAACAACGGCGGGGACUGGGUAUACUCCGUCAGCGUUUUCUUAGAUGUUCAGUAUGACCCGUCAACUCCGAAAGUAUCGUACAAGAAUGCCGAUGUUACCUCCCAAGUGCGGGUAAUAUCUGGACGUCCUCUAACACUUACCUGUAGCAGCACGGGGAACCCACCCCCCACUUACAUCUGGACGUACCCUGAUGGAGACUCACAUAGUGGCCCCACGCUCCAACUGGCCAGCGUGCUGCAAACACACACCGGAGGUGUUACAUGUACAGCCAUGAACACGUUGUCACCUACUGGAGGGACGGCGGUUGAUAAGACAAGAGCAAAAACCAUCACUCUUCAAGUUCUAUAUCCCCCACACACACCAUUAUGUACCAUUAGUGGAACUUCUAUCUCGACCACUGUUGUACUCGUGGAGGGCACAGAUAGCACUAUCACAUGCACGAGCUCGGCCAACCCGCCCCUGAUCACGUACAUUUGGUCAACUCCUAGACGUGGUUUAUUGUCUGGAGCUAGUUUAUCCCUGAUAAAUGUCCAGCACCUUGCCGACCAAGGCCAGUACACUCUGACGAUUACAAACACAAUGGAUCCCACAGGAGGAAAGUUGGAAACGGGAACAAACAGCACAAUGUUCUCAGUGGAUGUUCAGUAUGAACCCUCCAGUCCAAAAGUAUCCUACAAGGGAUUCGAGGUGAGCGCCUCUAUACGGGUAAUAUCCGGACGUUCCGUGAAACUUAACUGCAGCAGCACGGGAAAUCCGCAACCCACUUACACGUGGUGGUACCCUGGUGGAGGGUCACAUGAGGGUCAAACGCUAUUAUUGGCCAACAUACAGGCUAUACACGCUGGAGAAGUCAAGUGUACAGCAAGGAAUAAGCUGUCACCUACUGGAGGGACAUUGGUUGAUAGGACAGAACAAACAGCUACUUCCAUUAACGUUUUAUAUCCCCCACGUACACCAUCAUGUAACAUAAGUGGAACGUCUAUCUCGACCCCUGCUAUACUAGUGGAGGGCACAGACAGCAUUAUCAGCUGCACUAGUUACUCUAACCCGCCCCUGAUUACGUACACCUGGUCAACGCCGGGCCGAGGACAAGUGCGUGGAGCACGUUUAUCCCUGAAUAAUGUCCAGCACAUCACUGACCACGGCAAGUACAUCCUGACGGUCACGAACGACAUGGAUCCCACAGGAGCAAACAUGGAAAUGGGAACUAGCAACACAGCGUUCUCGGUAGAUGUACAAUAUGGACCGUCCAACCCUAAUAUAUCCUACCAGGGUGCGGUGGUAAAGUCUUAUGUGCGUGUACUAUCCGGACGUUCAAUAACGCUCACCUGCAGCAGCACGGGAAACCCGAGCCCCACUUAUACGUGGACGUAUCCUCACGGAAGGUCACAUAGUGGCCCCAACCUCACAUUCAGCAGCGUGCAGACCACACACGCCGGAAAUGUUUCGUGCUCAACCAGGAACACGUUGUCACCUACUAUAGGAACAGCGGUGGUUAAGACCCGACAAACAACCGCGAGUCUCCAAGUUCUGUAUCCACCAAGUAAACCAGUAUGUACCCUCAGCGAAACCACUAUCUCGACCACUGCUGUACUACUAGAGGGAACAGACACCACUAUAAGUUGUAUCAGUACCGCCUUUCCGACAUUGAUCACAUACACCUGGUCAACUCCGAGCCGUGGACUAGUGUCUGGAGCGAGUUUAUCAUUGACCAAUGUCCAACACCAUGCUGACCAAGGUCUCUACACCCUUACCGUCAGAAACACAAUGGACCCCACUAAAGGAAACACGAAAACGGGUACCAAUACUACUGCGCUCUCGGUGGAUGUACAAUUUGGACCCAAAGUGCAACUUCCUCAGACUUAUGACAUUUUGGAGGGCAGUGUAUUAAAUUAUCAUUGUCCGUUCAUCCCUGGGAACCCUUCUCAGACAUCACUUGUCUGGACGUCAUCAGUUAACAACAGACAGUGGAACAGCCAGAUUGUUAGUAUCAGCUCUGUGCAAAAAUCUGACGACGGGAUGUAUACGUGUACCGCCACGAACCAGAUGACGCCUACUGGAUAUCCUGUUCAGACUGGAAGUCAAGGCGGAAACAUGCACCUCAAUGUUCAGUAUGAAUCUAUCGUAAAUGACUUUUACGUUACUGAGUACAUCGGAACUUUUAACGUUACACAAACAGAGAACAGCAAUGUGACGUUUACCUGCACUGUGGAUAGCAAUCCUCUAGCAUCCAUCAAUAUUCGAAAAGACAGUGAAAUGAAAAUAUCAAUCGAUCAUUCAAGACAGCUGAAAUAUACCAUUGCAAAGCUAACAUGCUGGGAUACCGGGCUUUACACAUGCGAUAGCAGGAAUGCGUUUAAUAAAAAAAAUCUUUCAAAGAAGUACUUGAAUCUGUGUGUAACGUGCACACCAAGGCGUGCUCCUGGCUUGGAUAUCAAAAUGAACUUGACGGCCAGACAACACGAAAAUACAACACUGCAGUACACGGUGUUUGCGUUUCCAGUCCCUAGUCCGUCACAGUUUGUUUGGAAAAAAUGUACCAGCAGUAAAAAAUGUUCCACCUUAUCAAAUAUCUCCGGAAAAACAGAAAUUACAACAAUUGGAUUGUCUAGUAAUUUGACCAUUUUCGAUAUUGCUAUAGAUGAUUACGGCGUGUACAGUAUUUCAAUUGACAAUGGCAUUGGUGAGGCACUAGUUGAAAUGAUAUACCUUAAACAAGCAGAAAUCUCCCAUGUGAAGCCACAAACAUCUACAAUUGCUGGUGGGGUUACAGCUGGAAUUUUAACAGUACUGGGAAUAUUGGUAGUCAUCCUUGUUCUCCGAAGGAAAUAUUCUGUAACGUGUGCAUUCAAGUUCACACGUAAAGAAGGUCCACGCUCAAGGCACAUCGCUCAUGGUGCUGAAAACCCAGGAUAUGACGUCGCCGCUACGUACGAAGAGGUGUCCAUGACAAGUGACAAGACUGUUUACGAGGCUCUAAGUAUGGCCAACAUAAGGAAUGGCUAUUAUUAUAUUGGAAACGAGGGAUCCAAUAAAUCACACGUGUACACUACUUUGGAUGAUUCGAAUUCAAAGCCCAAUGCAUACUACGAGAAUGUCAAAGAAGAGGAUCCCGUUUACAAAAACACGUCACUAAAAACGCCGGUGCAGACAGUGCUUUAGUGGGCAUAAAGCUGAAUUCCAUGACAUAAGAUAGUGAAGACUAUUAUAUAUUUUUCCAAGUGAUUAAACUCAUAGUUCUAUUCAGCCAGAUCGUUGUACGGUCAAAAUCAAUAAAUUAUUGUAAAUUGUAAUUAUUAUUAAAUAAUCCAUGCCGGUCUCAAUUGCUAGUAUAUAAGCGGAAGUUCUAAAUUUUGCAAGGGCAUGAUGAGAUUAAGUUUAUGGAUAGUGUCUGUAUAUAUUUGCUUCUAAAUGCAUGUUUUAAUAAGGCAUAUGUUCUUAGUCAAGGUGAAAUAUUGAUAUCUGCUUACAAGCUUUGACAAUAUGUAACUAUAACUAUUUUGUUAUAAUUUACCUCUAGUGUGUAUUGUUUCAAUAUUUUCAGUUCGCCAAAUUUCAGAGAUGCCGUGUUCAGUCAGAAUAUUUUAAACUUGGUUUACCCAGGUUUUAUUUCAUAACAAUAGGUUUAAUUUUUAGAAUCGUCUGUUAACGUAAUGGCUUCUUUUUUCAAAAACUUUUUUUACCUAUGUAUUAGCUAUUUCAUGUUCACUACAUAAUGCAAUGAUAUUAAACAUUUGAUAGACAUAUAAAGUAAACAAGUAGUCGAUUUGUUUACCUUUCAAGAUUUCUGUUCCUUUUUGGUUCGUUUUGAAAACACUUUAAGUGUCACAAUCCUCUGGUACGUUUCUGAGAAACUUUUUAUUUAAAACACUUCUAGUUAUUUGUACAAAACAUGUAUAUAUAACAUGAAGUUAAAAUUCACCGUUUUUGUCCCUUACUAGAUUUUGAAAAAGGAAUAAGAAAUUAAUAAAAAUAACUCCUUAUUCGACUUACAGCGCUUUGUUAAGUAUUUGAAUCACUUGAUCGCGCAAGAAUAAACA